GAAUUAUCAUCGCAAUUUGAAAUUCUAAUUAUUCUGCUUAAAACGAUUCAAAUACUCUCCGCAGGUCACAAAGUCUGCUCUUUGCGUUUUCGGCGAGUUUCAGAAAAUAAAGAAAAGUGACGUUUUCGAGGUUGAUGAUGGCAGAAUUUAAGGAAGAACUCGAGCCCUUAUUCGAUUACACUCGGGUUCAACCCGUCAGUGUUAUUAGUCUCGACGACGAUGAGUUGGAUGAUUAUCCACUACCCCCGUCAAAAAGGAAGAAGAUUUCCAAUUCCACGGUUGAAAAGGUAGAGGAUGAUGUGAAAGCAAUUCAAGUAUUUGAUUGUGAGAAAAAGGAUGAUGAGGAUUGGCUACCUCCUCCUCCAAAGGUUUCCUGUGAUGCACAUACCAUUGGUGAAAAUUCGACCAUUAAAGAGCUGAGGUUAAAGAAGCAAGAGCUGGCAUCAUUUGCACGACAAUCAGCGGAGGAUGUUUUGCAAGCUAUGGAGGAGUCUGUAAAGAGAGAGCUUCAGCAGCAGUCCUUUUCGGAGGCCAUUGCAGAUGAACCUUCAAAACCUCGUAAUGAUAGAGCUAAGAUAAUUAUUUCUAUUCAAGACAAGGAUGGACCUAAGCAAUUUCGCAUUUACUCGGAUGACAAGUUUGAGCGGCUGUUUAAAUUGUAUGCGGAUAAAGUUAAACUUGACCAGCAGAAUUUAGUGUUCUGUUUUGAUGGAGAGAAAGUAGGUCCAGAAGCAACCCCUGAUGCCCUUGGAAUGGAGGAUGAUGACAUUAUUGAGGUGCAUGUUAAGCCUAGAUUAUGAGUAUUCAAGUAAAUGCCCUUUCCAACUUUUAUUAUUUCUGCUGCUUUAUAUUCAGGUUUUUUGACGUCAACCUCAACACUCAAAAACCAACUUGAUUUUGCUUUUUUGGGAUGCCAGAGUUAAUAUUUGACCCUUUAGUAUCACAAUUACAGUUACUGUUUUUGUUUAUGGAUAUUUGCCCAGCAACUGUACAGUUUAAUCCAUCUUUUUUCUGUAAGUGUAAAGUAGCUUAGAAUUUGAAAAGAUAGCUUGAUAAACGUAAAAGAUGUAAAUUUUGAUUAUCCUAAAUAGCAUUUGGCUUUUUCUGGCAAUUAUUGUUA